UAGGAGAAAGACUUGGCGAACUGGAAAGUAGAAAGCGGGGCGGGGCAGGGAGGAUUCUGCCCAGGCCAAUGAGUGAUGCCGGGACGGGUGACGUCACAGCCAAUGGACAGCCAGCGCGGGACUUUCAAUUACCGCCCCGCCCGAUCGGAAGAAGACGGUGCCUAUAAAGAGUGAGGCGGCGGGCCGAGAUCCCGUUACUCUCGCUGCCGCUGCGCUGGUGAGUUGGUGUUUUGGUUCGCUAUGGCCCGUACAAAGCAGACCGCCCGCAAGUCGACCGGCGGCAAGGCCCCGCGGAAGCAGCUGGCCACCAAGGCGGCCCGCAAGAGCGCGCCCGCCACGGGCGGCGUGAAGAAGCCGCACCGCUACCGGCCGGGCACCGUGGCCCUGCGGGAGAUCCGGCGCUACCAGAAGUCCACCGAGCUGCUGAUCCGCAAGCUGCCGUUCCAGCGGCUGGUGCGCGAGAUCGCGCAGGACUUCAAGACGGACCUGCGCUUCCAGAGCUCGGCCGUGAUGGCGCUGCAGGAGGCGAGCGAGGCCUACCUGGUGGGGCUGUUCGAGGACACGAACCUGUGCGCUAUCCACGCCAAGCGCGUCACUAUCAUGCCCAAGGACAUCCAGCUGGCUCGCCGCAUCCGCGGGGAGCGGGCUUACGGGAGCCGUGCUCCCGCGGCCUCCACACCCCCGCCGGAAGUGGCCCCCAGAGGCUCGGCGCUCCGGCUGGUGGGAGGGGGCAAAUCCGCCACCCGCCACCUUGAAGGCACCAUGGCCCGUACAAAGCAGACCGCUCGCAAGUCGACCGGCGGCAAGGCCCCGCGGAAGCAGCUGGCCACCAAGGCGGCCCGCAAGAGCGCGCCCGCCACGGGCGGCGUGAAGAAGCCGCACCGCUACCGGCCGGGCACCGUGGCCCUGCGGGAGAUCCGGCGCUACCAGAAGUCCACCGAGCUGCUGAUCCGCAAGCUGCCGUUCCAGCGGCUGGUGCGCGAGAUCGCGCAGGACUUCAAGACGGACCUGCGCUUCCAGAGCUCGGCCGUGAUGGCGCUGCAGGAGGCGAGCGAGGCCUACCUGGUGGGGCUGUUCGAGGACACGAACCUGUGCGCCAUCCACGCCAAGCGCGUCACCAUCAUGCCCAAGGACAUCCAGUUGGCUCGCCGUAUCCGCGGGGAGCGGGCUUAAGGCCUCUGCUUUUAAGCGGAUCACCUAACGGCUCUUUUCAGAGCCACCCAUGUUUUCACGAGGAGUAGCUGUAUCGCCUAUCUCACCUGGUGUGGGUGUACUGUUGUGCACUGGUGCUCUGGGUAGAGGAAUGAGGGGAAACUCGCACGUGGUGGGUAGGAAGAUCACAAUGUCAACUUUGGUCGGCUGACAGGCACUAGCGGGAACAGCUGAAGCUGGGCUUAGAUUGCUUUUGCCUAAGCUUUUACAUAUGUUGAGUUACAGUCUACAGCGUCAGCCUUACUAGUUUGAGGAAAAACUUGCAAGGGGGUGGACUUUGCUCUACUAGUCGUUUGUAACGUUAACACGCUACUCGUACAAAGCGUUAGCACGAAUCUGGAUAUAGAAACGAAGCGGGAAGGCGGUCGUGUGGGUUUGUGAUAACUGCCGGGUUGGGGAUUUGGGUUUUCAACUAGAUUUUACAGUUAAGACUAAGCUGGAUGUAAGUCCUGGUUUGCAAAUGGGAGCCUUUUUCCUGGUUUAUGUGUCUUAAGAGUUGUAUGGAUCUAAUAUCUAAUACCCUAUUGCAUAAGACAGGCAGCGCAAAAACGAAUAGGAAUUUGAGGGAAAUGCUGAUGGGUUGGGUUUUUUUUUUUUGAGAUGUUUGUUACUGCUCCGAAACCCAAAGGCAAAACAAACUUCCACAAAGUGUAGGAAGUAAAGUGAUGCAAAAAUAGAAAUGGGCGCUUCAGAUCUUUUCCGUAUGCAAGUACAACUGAAAA